CAAUUUGACUGAUGUGCGAUAGACAAAUAUGGCCGUCAAAAGUGAAGUAAAAUGUGGAGUUGCAAGGAGAAAAUCAACCCAGUCAGCCGCAUUUUGUAUUAAAGCGGAAAGGAAUGCCUCAUACAAAAAGGUAUCCUCAAUUCUACAGAAAGCUGAAAUUGAUAGAACAGAUGAAGAAAAAGAAAUGUUGUUCAGCUGUUCGGAAGUUGUCAAAGAAGUCACCAGGAGGAUUGAAAAACGCAAGAAAGUAAAGGAAAGACUUCAAGAAAUAGAGGAUCCUCCUGACCUGUUAGCAGAGAAAUGUCACAAAUUGGCAGAAGCUGUGGCAAAUUCUACAAAUUUGGUGGUAUAUACAGGGGCUGGGGUAAGCACUGCUGCAUGCAUUCCAGACUACAGGGGCACCAAUGGCAUUUGGACAUUAUUACAGCAAGGAAAAGAUAUUGGUCUUCAUGACCUUACACAGGCCGAACCUACACUUACUCACAUGGCCCUCUGGCAGUUGUACAAAGCAGGGGUACUUAAACAUGUUGUUUCUCAGAACUGUGAUGGUCUGCAUCUUCGCAGUGGCCUGCCAAAAAGAGCAUUGUCUGAAGUUCAUGGAAAUAUGUAUAUUGAGGUGUGCUGCCAGUGUAAGCCUACCCGCGAGUAUUGGCGUCUCUUUGAUGUGACGGAGCACACAGCCCGAUUCAGUCAUCGCACAAUGCGACGCUGUUAUUCGUGCCUGGGCCCUUUAGUAGACACAAUUGUACACUUUGGAGAACGUGGAAAAUUGCAUUGGCCUCUGAAUUGGUCUAUGGCUUGUCAGGUAGCAGACAAAGCUGAUGUGAUUCUGUGCAUUGGCUCCAGUCUUAAGGUGUUGAAGAAAUAUCCUUGGUUGUGGGGGAUGGAUAAACCAGCAAAAAAGAGGCCUAAAUUAUACAUUGUAAAUCUACAGUGGACACCAAAAGAUGAUCAGGCAAUUCUGAAGAUCAGUGGAAAAUGUGAUGAAGUAAUGCGACAGGUGAUGUCCCAUAUGAACUUGGAAAUUCCUAACUACAUUCGAAGCAAGGAUCCAAUAUUCAGUCAUGCUACAUUUCUUGAUCCAGCUGAGGCGCAUACAGCUACGCAGCCAUUGCUGAAGCAGCCCCUAGAAGUCAUGCAAGAAAAAUGCCCAAACUGUGGAGACAGUGAGAUGACUGCUUUAUGCUGUUGCAGUGGAGAGAGUCUCCUGCUCAGGGGGGUGAAGUGUGAAGCUGGUGAAGUAAGCGGUAGUUGUCAUAAAACUGAGAUUGGUGUUUGUACGAAGGAAGAUCCUUUAUCUGAGGAAUUACACAUGCUCAAGAGGAACCAUGGCAAUUUUAAUUUUGUAAGAGUGGGCACCGAAGUUACACAAGAAGUUUGUGCUGUGGAUAGACGUGUUGAGAAUGCACCUGAGGUACUGGAUGAGAAUUGCUUCAAGAAAGAGUUGAAAAAGAACAGUACAAUGACAGUAUUAGUAGGUGAUAAUUGGUUUCAGAACCAGUCAGAUAACAUCACUCUGGAUAAAGAAACAGACAGAAAGUUUGGCUCAGAUUUUCCACAUAAUGAGAGUGUUACAAGUAUGAUUGGCCUAAAGAUGGAUUCAGAUUCUUUUGAUCAGAUUUUAAAUUCUGAUCAAAGUAAAUGUGAUCCAAAUUCCCUCCAUGUUAAAGAUAUUAUUGUACAAUGUAGUACAUCAAUGAACCUUCAGAAGUGUAGGUUUUCAGUGGGUAGUAAUUCUCAGUCUCUUAGCAGUAUUAACAGCGCAGGUUGUGAGAGAGGUACAAGUUCCAUUACAGAAGCUAGGUAUACAAAUGAACCACCUCUGCACCACAGUAUUUCAGUUUUGUCAUUGCAGUCUUUGACUCAAAUUCUUCAGAUAGAGCAUAACUAUAGUAAGAAAUCUAUCAGUCGCAGAAUGGACAAGGACAGUCAGUGCACUGAGGAAAGGAAUUCAAAAUUUAAAGGUAUUAGAGGAUCUGUGCAUUCACUUGAAAGUAGAAGAGACAGCACGCAAUGUAAACGUUUGAAAACUAACAGGACUGAAAUGGAAGGUACUAUGUCUUUCCCUCUUUUACCCCAGUUAUCCUCACAACAGAGUACAAAAAAAAUUAUAGGAACAGAAAAGACUAAGGAUGAAAAGCAAAUCUGUGAUGAUAAAUAUGAUUUUAGUGACACCAAAAUGUGUUCAUUCUGCAAGUCAAAUUACAGUUCAAAUAGAUGCCUAUUUUAUCCUCGGUGGACUUCCAAAUUUGAAAAUAUUACAUUAGGAUCUCAAGUUUCAAUCUGUGAAUGCUGUGAUACAGAUGAUGAAGAUGGUGAUACUGAUGAUGAUCUUGAAACAUGCAAAUCAGAAGGUGGUGAUACCCAUGACAGUUGUGAAGGUAAAGGAAGCUCUGAUGCCAGUAAGAUAAGUAAAGUUCCUAAUAUAAAUCCAGGCUGGUAUGGAAAGGGUUAUCGCAAGCGUACCAAGAAGAAACGUCAUGAAAAAUUGUGAUGUAGUUGAAGUGAAUGAUGAUAUUACAGGGCUGUUCCACUUGUGAUCCCUAGGCUGAAAAUACAAGGAACAGAGUUCAAGUGAUCCAUAGAAUACAAGCUGGAUUAACUCAGUUGUUGGCUAUGGUUUCAAUGUCCUUGGUAUGACUUUUUGCAGGGGCAGUGGAUAUUCUCUUCACCGCUGUGUUUAGGCCGGUGCUGAGGUAUCUAAUUCAGGAAUAAGUAGAGCAUGAUACUGAUCUCUUAUCUCCAUCUCGUGCCAAGAUUAUGCGUGUGCAGGGCUUUGGCUUCUUCUGGUAAACCUGUACUCCUUCCAGGUGUAGUGCUUGGGGACACAGGAAACUUUCACAUUACCCGUAGUACAGUAGAACUAUGUAUGGGUAUUCUUUGUUUUUAAACAAUUUUGAAGGAAAAGAACUAUUUUUUAUGACCAUUAAUAUCAAUAGUUUGUUGUUCACGUAGGAAUAGCAUAACUCGUAAUCAUAGAGAAACUUUGAGUAAUAUGUAUUCCGUUCAAAAGAAACAGACUGAAAUUAAUUUCACAUGCUAUGAACUUUAUCAGCAAAAAUAGAAAAUUUAAAUUUUUAUGUAAUUAUAGGUGACUGAAAAGAUGUCAAAUGUUUACAUAGUAAUAUUUUGUUUUUCACAGUCUGUCAAAGCAAAUGCCAUGAUAGACCAUGACUGUCAAUGAAUCAUGCAUCACCUUUUGUCCAUCUUGGCAUUAGAUGGAGCUAACAGUUAUAUUCCUGCUUCUUUCCUCCAUUCAGCGAGUCUGAACUGAGUAGACUCAGUAACCAGUCAUGAGCGUACAAAAGACAAGGUUCCAAUUGUCCUUGUUUGAAUUGGGAUGUAAUGAAGUGAACCAAAUAAUUUUUCUUUGAAUUAAAAACAUUUGUUUAAGUGAACUGGAGACCCACCCUCUGCUACUGCUUAUUAUCAUUAAUUUAUUUUUGAACAUAACUGAACCUGGACAUUAGAACACUGUUUCAUAUUGAACAGUGUUUUUAACCUAUAUGAUUAAAUACAGAUGUGGGCCACAAAAUAUCAGAAGUGGAACUGUCCUUGAUUUUUAUAAUGCUCACUCGCACAUGAAAAAUGCCAAAUGUCUUAUCCGUGUUGUCAGUAUUCCCUUCAUAUUGCCAGAUAGUGAUAUUUUAAUAUAACAGCAAGGUAGCUUUAUACUUGCCUGAUUAAGGGACCCAGAAACAGAGCAUGCACAUGUUACACAUUGAUUGUGUAAAGUUAUGAUAAUAAGUGAGUGAAAAGCAUGUGAGCGUAAGUAACUCGGACUUCUGGGUAGUAUCCUCUAGGUCAGUGCUUCCCAACCAUUUCUGUUGUGUAGUGCACUUUAAAGAUUACUUUACAUUUGUUAUGGAAAAAAAAGAGUAAAUAUACUGGUGGGUAAUAGCAGCAAUCCAUAUUACAGAAAUAAACUUUCUGUUCAUAAUUUCUUGGCUGUUCUAUAUGGACAUCCUCCCCUAUAAUUUCUCACUUAAUAGCAGGACAAAAAUUACCAGCUUUUACAAAACUCACUAAUAAUAAGAAAAGAAGUAGAGCAGUACACAUAUAUUAUAUUUGGUAGGCCAUACUGUACAAUCCUGUUCCAUUGUAAAAAGUAAAAGUAAAGUUUGU